AAAUUUCGAUGCAAACUAGGAUUCAGGAGAUUAAUUCGCCCUAAUUGUCAACGAUUCUAAAAGAUUUUAACUAAACCAUCGAUUUUGGCACAGAUUCUCCCUAUAAAACCAGAUUACAGAGAGUUUUGUUCUUGAUGUGAUGGUCAUAAUCCGUUGGAGGAGGGUUGAAGUCUGAAACUUUAAGCGGUUCUCAUGGAUUUUACGGAUUCAGCUCCACUUUCCUCUGUCUCAGCCCCUCUUCACUCUGGCUCCACUCCAAAAGAGGAGGAUCAUUAUGUAGCAUCCAUAAGUGAUGAACAUGAAAUAAUCUGCUGGGGAUGUGGAUUGCGCCUCAUUCUUUCACCUUAUACACCUGUUUUCAAGUGUGGUUGGUGUGGAGCCAUAACUAAUCACAAUGCACAUAAACAAAAUGAUAAGCACUUUUGGUGGAGACGAUUGAGAGACCGGUGUUUUGUCAUUAUCCUUCUGCUAUUUAUGCUCUUCAUUAUAGGUAGUGGUGUUUGGGCUAUUUAUCCUGUCAUAUUUUCAGUGAGUUAUUUCUGUGGUGUAUCCCAUUUGACAAUAACGGGUAUCUUGUCUUUAAGCACACUUUCAACUUAUGUCCUGGCGGCAUUCCGGUCACCUGGUGCACCACCACCUAUAGCCUGGGGCAGCUACCCUCUAGUGGGAAGAGGUGGACUUGAUCGUUACAACUUUUGUCACUUUUGUUCAAAGCCAAAGUCACCUAAUGUUCAUCACUGUCGUUCGUGUAGAAUGUGUGUAUUAGACAUGGAUCAUCAUUGCCCAUUUAUUGGAAAUUGUGUUGGUGCGGGAAAUCACCGAAGCUUCAUCCUGUUUCUAAUCUCAGCAGUCGUGAGUACUUUCUAUGUUUCAAUUGUAUCUGCUUACGUGGCAUUUAAAAUCUGGCCACCAUUAAGACACAUUCCUACAACUGUUUUGACCAAGUCAACCGUUGUCACGAUCCUCACAGAAUACACCUUCUCUUUUCUCAUAUCAGUAGAGUAUCUACCAAUCAGAGGCUUUGUACUCAUUUACCUAUUUUUUGCAAGUGUGUCUGUGGAAAUUGGUUUGGGUGUGCUUUUAUGGCAGCAACUAAUAUACAUAUAUGAAGGGAAGACGUAUUUAAGUCAGUUAAGUUCAAAUUCAAAUGGAAAUGAUGAAGUUGAGGAAAAAGAUUGUCAAAAUCUUGUUAGGUUUUUCGGGUGCCCUUACCCUGCAACAAGAUGUAUGCUUAGUUUUUGGAAUUCAAAGAAGAGCCACAAGAAGUGAAAUAUAUACCACAUACAAAGGUUGACUUGUUUUUUAUGUUGCAUACUAGAG